GUUGACCCCCUAGAGGCAGUUGUGGGCCAUUACAUCCUGAACGUUGCAUUGACAACGCCCGUUUCUAUUGGUCGACGUGAGUCACAUGUUCAAUUCGAAGAUGGCGUCUCCAAAUGGAGGUGAAGAUUUUGAAACCUCUUUGCUCAGUUUCGAGAACCUGGACAGAGCAUCGCCUGACCUUUGGCCUGAGCAGCUCCCUGGAGUUGCAGAAUUUGCUGCCUCUUGUAAAAAUCCCAUUACAAAUUCACCGCCCAAGUGGAUGGCUGAACUCGAGAGCGAGGACAUUGAGAUGUUAAAAGAGUUGGGAAGUUUGACAACAGCCAAUCUCAUGGAGAAGGUCAAAGGCCUUCAGAACCUCGGCUACCAACUGGGCUUAGAAGAAUCCAGAGAAAUGACCAGAGGAAAGUUCCUGAAUAUCUUGGAGAGGCCAAAGAAGUGACAUUAAAUGACUUUUUAAUUGUUCCUUCCUCUACUUCUGUAAGAUUAACCCAACAAACUGAUUAACUGUUGCCCAAGAAUUUAUUUAAAAAAAAUAUAUAUAUAUAUAUAUAUAUAUAUCAGAAAAUACUAAUUGUCAAUUCAGAAAAGGUUUCUCUGGUUAUGGUCUGAGAACCCUUUUUCCUCCCGUGAACUGUUUAUAUUUUCUAUGUACUAAAGUCCCGAAGACUUUGCCUUGGUUCAAUUUUCCCUAUUUAUAAUCAUUUCCAUUUUAACAAACCUUUAAAUGUUGCUGCUUGUUUUGCUAAA